UAUAGAUAUAGAUACGAACACCCUAUCUCUAUAGUUUUUACCACCAAAAUCCCCGAUCACAAAUUUUCUGUUUUUUAAUGGAAACUUUGCAACAAAAACAAGUAGUUUUAAUAACAGGGUGUUCAUCAGGGGGCAUAGGAAAUGCCCUCGCACGCGCAUUCGCAGCCCGGAACUGUCUGGUUGUUGCGACUGCGCGUGCAAUCAGUUCCAUGUCGGAUUUAAAUGGUGACCCAGAUGUGUUUUUUCUACAAGAACUUGAUGUGUUGUCUGAUGCAAAUGUUUUACAAGUUGUAUCUAAUGUUAUUGAUAAGUUUGGACGGAUUGAUGUUGUUGUUAAUAAUGCUGGUGUUCAAUGUCUUGGACCUCUUGCCGAAAUUCCUUUGGAUGAAGUUCAACAUACGUUUAACACGAAUGUUUUCGGUUCAAUGAGGUUGAUCCAAGCAGUGGUUCCUCACAUGGCAUCAAGAAAAAAGGGAAAGAUUGUGAAUAUUGGAAGUGUGACUGUUAUGGGACCUGGACCAUGGUCAGGAGUGUACACUGCAUCUAAAGCUGCUAUACAUGCGCUAACGGAUACAUUAAGGUUGGAACUGAAGCCGCUUGGUAUCAAUGUAAUCAACGUUGUACCUGGAGCAAUCAGAUCAAAUAUUGGAAAUUCGGCUGCAGCAAACUACAAUAGGUUUCCUGAAUGGAAACUGUACAAGAAAUAUGAAGCUGCAAUCAAAGAGCGGGCCUAUUUUUCACAAGGUCCAAAGGCAACCCCAGCGGAAGAGUUCGCAAAGAAAACAGUAGAUGCAAUCAUGAAAGAAGAUCCUCCUUCUUGGUUCUCUUCGGGUCAAUACUCCACUAUAAUGGCUAUCAUGUACCACAUGCCUAUAUUUGUUAAGGAUUUUCUUCUAAAAAAGGCUAUGAAAUGUUAGUUUCUAUAUCUGUAACAUGUUUUGCAGCAUACUUGUACAUUUCUGUAACAUACUCUAGUGUCUGGAUAAAUGUGUUGCUAAAAGUUGCAUUUUAGCAGGUACAUUGCUCAAAUGUAAUGACGUGUUCAUUGUUUCGUAAUGUUACUCUGGAAAUCAAGUUGUAAAGAAAAUAUUUUGCAUAA